AUGUCGACUCCUUCGAGUAUUACGCCAGAGACGGGUGCCUCACAGCAUGCCUCGACUCCUGCUGGUGGUGCCGAGGAUGGCGUCAUGGACGAGAUUCCACGCCGACAAAUGCGAGCUCUUCAUCCAGUCAAGGUCUUGUAUACGUUUGAUGAUCAGAACAAAUCAAACUGUCUCGCUCGUCUGCCAAAUGUCCUCAAUAUUCCUGUCGUUUCGCUGGACGAGACCACCGAGGUGGGUGUCAUCGAACUCAAGACAUGCAUCCAUGCUAUUGUCACUGCAAGUCCUGAGCUUGUAGCCAAAUUAGGACAUGAUUACACCGUGUACGCUUAUGACUUUUCCGAGUACGAAACACCGCUUGUUGGACAGGCUUCUGCAUCAUCGACACCCAAUGCUCCUGCCAAGGACUCCCAAACUAUGGUCACAGGUCGCGUGUGUAAAAAUAUUCUCGGCAUUUUCUCGAAUGGUAUUAAAGAGACUCUAGAAGUCAAGUUGAAGCUGGUGCCUGUUCCGACGUGCAUGCAGAAAGAAUAUGUGGAGAAUAUGGAGCGCUAUCAUAGUCUCAGUCAGAUGAUGCCCGAAGGAUUUGACUACAACGCCUGGUCCGACUUCCUGAAAGAGAAUCCUAUGCUUGGUCACUUGGCCCAACCAACUACGACUCACUCUGCUCAGCCUUCGCCACGUCAUUCCGUUGGUGGUGUUGAGCCUUUCCACCAGAUGCUUACCCGCCAAAGCCCCUCGCAAGAGCCCGUCCGUAACGAAUCGUUCUACGACCAAUCGAACACGCCCUUCAUGUCCCAACCAACCAGACCUUCUAGCCCCGCCAUGAGCACCAUUUCCUUCCAUCACUAUCAAUACAAUCCACCUUCACGUCCAACGUCACGGGCUUCUGUGCGCAGCGAAGCCCCACCACCAACCCAACAAUACCAAUCUAGUGAUCCGUAUGUUGUGGAACCGCAAGACGACGGUCCCCCAAAGAAGAGGGCUCGAAUCACUCAGACCACGAGACCAAGGAAUACGCCCCUGACUGCUCAUAAUGACUCGCUCCGAGUGACCGCUAGUACAGCAGCAUCGGUACGCCUCCUCAAACCAACCUUCAACGCUGCUGGGGCUGCGGCAGACAUGGUCCCGCGCGCACCAACUCCUCGUCCAGGUGAAAAACUAGGACAGCGAGGUGCUCGUCGUCCCCCGGCGCCAAGCGCUCUGAGGCAUGCAUCGAUGGAUGGAGGACGGCCAUACAUGUCCCCGUACGAACCUAGUACAUUUUCAGACAAUGCUAUGGAAUCAGCAGACGAAAGAGAAGGAAGCCCAAGUGAGACACCGAAUGAGAUGCCCUCUUCACCACCAAUCGCACUUCGGCGGACCAUAUCGCCUGCUCCCUCAAGUCCGAACCUACCGACACUACCUCUCAACGAUUCAGGUUUUGUUAGUGACAUGCCUAUGGGACGGGACACUGAUGGCAUGAACUGUGGGGAUGGCUCGUGGGCACGCCGUGAAGCAGCACAAUAUCGCCGAGGAUCAGCCGCUCAACCAAUCACUGAAAGUAUCGAAAUGGAUAUGGGUAGUACUCAGCCGUUCGACUUUGACAACAUGGACCAGGAUCUUCUCAAUUGUGUAUAUUUUCAGGGACAAAAUCCGAAAAGUGAGAGUGAUCUACUAUCAAGGAUGGCAAUAAAUGAGCACGACAACAAUUCGGUCAGCGGACGACCACUUACCGGUGACGCAUUUCAAUCUGGAUCUGCAGAAAAGGCUCAGACUCAGGAAAAGUCGCAUGCUACAUUUUCUACUGCUGGGUCACCCGAUGGUAUUGCUUCACAAAUCUCACCCGCCACUGAAAGCGAAGCACAAGUAUACAGCCGUUCCGCCACGCCAAACUUACCCGCGAAACAACCUAAGCAACCCAAGGCACGAGGGCUUCCUAGAUCACAAACCUGGUCUGGAACAGGUGAACCCAUGUCGGAUGCGCCAACACCCUCAGAGUGUGGCUACACCCGAAGCGGCUCUGGUGCUAAAAGGAAGCGAUACAUCAAGGAUCGAUUAGACGCUGCUAUCAGGAAAGGUGAAAUGCCACCGCACUGUGUAAAUUGCGGCGAAAUUGACACUCCUACCUGGAGAAAAGCCUACACUCGAGUUGAAAGCGGUUCACCUAGUGGCAUUGAAUUGUCCACUGAUUCGGCUAGUACAGAUAUCAUUGCCUACGAGGUAAUCGAACCAAAUCCUGAGACAGAUGGUGAGCCAAAGUACCGUAUCUUCAAGAACAACUUGACACGUCAAGACAAGGACAUGAUGGCGGCAAAAGCUGGUGAUGCUUUCCAAGAGCUUAAUCUGUGUAACCCAUGCGGACUUUGGCUUAUCAAGAAGUUUUCGAUGCGGCCGCAAAAAGUAUGGGACAGAUCUGCGCGACUAGCAAAGCGCAAGCGAGAACAGAAGAUUGGAGCACGCUCCAAAUCGACUGUUGGUGACGAUCUCAUGUCAGACGCCGCUUUUCCAGAGACAGAAUCUACCAUGUCAGCUGAGCAGGAGCUAGGUGGGAAAGCAGUCGAUGGAACAUACGACAGAGAAAUGGCACCACCCAAGGCCCCAUUCGGCGCACGUGAAAUGGAUGCCAACAAUGCCCAAGCUGCUUUCAGACGAGCUAUGCAAUCAAGUCCUGCGGGUGUCAGAGGAAGCAAGGCUUUGCCUAUCAAUCACGAACAAGAUCUUACACCGAAGCCUACACGGCGAUUACUUUUCCCCUCGCCUCGGAAGCAAAGUCAGCGCAAGAGUCUGACUCAACAGGCAACUGGUCCUGUCGCUUCUCAUAUGCAUACACAUGACGAUGAUGCGCCUAAAAAGCCUCGUUGCCAACGGUGUAAAGAACUCAAGAGAGCGUGCGAUCGAGAACGGCCAUGUGGUCGAUGCGAGAACGCUGGAAUAGGCCACGAUGGAUGUAUUCCUUGCGAGACCAAAAAGACAAACUGGUUCGAGCGGACUGUAGUACAGCCAGUUGUCGUUGAGCAGGAUAACCCCGAUAAGGAGAACUGUCCACCUCCACCUACAUUGGAGGUUGAUGAGCUUGACCACCUUUUCGAAGACUCCCACUCGCCCAAGACAACGCCGAAGCAAGAUCGGAUAGCUGAAGAUCUUUUGAAAACGCCCACUCCUGGUACUCGACAGCGCGCCGCCCUGACACCGAGACGAGGUACCGAAAAUGGCGAGGUUCCUACUACACCCUCGCGGAGCACGUUUACUCCUCGAGGCAACCGUACGGCGACUGCUGCUCCAGACACCCCAUUCACACGCCAGCUCAAUGCUCUUCUAUCAGACCAUCCCAUCUCAUCGCCUUCUCAAAAUUUUGACUUUUCCUCAUUUCCUAUCUUCACUCCUCCUGGUCAUACUGGUGCACAGUUCAGCGAGCUCUUGGCUGACGACUUCUUGUCGAGCGACAUGCCUAUGAGUAGCUCACCCUCAAAAACUGGGUCCAUGAGUCUGGGCUUCGAUCUUUAUGAGGACCCCAGCACAUCUACGACCGGAAUGUGGAAUGGAGAGAAUAUCUUUGACAAUGAAGUCAUGUUGUUGGGCAUUGACGAUAACUCCAAGCGCUCCGGUAUGGAUGCCAGUAAUGGCUCCGAUACAGUCACGCUGCUAAAGAUGAAUGUGGGUGGCAUGACUGUCGAUUUUGCGGCCAUGAUAGAAGAAGUCGUUGGUACUGCCACCAAAGAUGCUGAUGGGCAUGAAACCGAAAGCAAGUUCUUAGAAGACAGGGUUAAGUCUACUCAUAAAAGCCCCGAAGCGGAGAGUGAGGGCGCUGGUGGCACGCCCGAAGAGCCCACUUCUGUGUGA